GGUCCUCCCGCCGCCGCGGAGUCUCCGCCGCUCACGCUGCCAGCCGCCGCUCCCGCGACUCCCGGCGGCGGCGCUCCUCCCGGACGCACGGCUCGGGCAUUUCCCACCGCGGCGCAGCUCCCCCGCCUCCCAGGCUCCCGCGGUGGCGCGGCUCAUGCCCCGGGGCGCAGGGCGCGCAGGUGGGCCGGCCGCCGCGGGGAGAUAGGCCCCCGGGGGGACGGCGGCGGGACCAUGGCCCGGAGACCCGGGGCGCCGGCCGGCUAUGGGGAGGAGUUCACCUUCGUCAGCCCGCUGGUGAAAUACCUGCUCUUCUUCUUCAACAUGCUCUUCUGGGGUCUGCCUCCUUCCCUGUGUCCGCAGGUGAUUUCCAUGGUGAUGGUGGCCGUGGGAGUUUAUGCUCGGCUGAUGAAGCAUGCAGAAGCAGCCUUGGCUUGCCUGGCAGUGGACCCUGCCAUUCUGCUGAUUGUGGUGGGCGUUCUCAUGUUCCUGCUCACCUUCUGCGGCUGCAUUGGAUCCCUUCGUGAGAAUAUCUGCCUCCUACAGACGUUCUCCCUCUGCCUCACCAUCGUGUUCCUGCUACAGCUGGCUGCAGGGGUCCUGGGCUUCGUCUUCUCAGACAAGGCACGAGGGAAAGUGAGUGAGAUCAUCAAUAACGCCAUUGUGCACUACCGAGAUGACUUGGAUCUACAGAACCUCAUUGAUUUUGGCCAGAAGAAGUUCAGCUGCUGUGGAGGGAUUUCCUAUAGGGACUGGUCCCAGAACAUGUACUUCAACUGUUCAGAAGACAACCCCAGCCGUGAGCGCUGCUCUGUGCCUUACUCCUGUUGCUUGCCUACCCCGAACCAGGCAGUGAUCAACACCAUGUGUGGCCAAGGUAUGCAGGCCCUUGACUACUUGGAGGCUAGUAACGUCAUCUAUACCAAUGGCUGUAUUGACAAACUGGUCAACUGGAUACACAGCAACCUCUUCCUUCUUGGUGGUGUAGCCCUGGGCCUGGCCAUCCCCCAGCUGGUAGGAAUCCUGCUGUCCCAGAUCCUUGUGAAUCAGAUCAAAGAUCAGAUCAAGCUACAGUUGUACAACCAGCAGCACCGAGCUGACCCGUGGUACUGAGAAUCCAUCCUGCAUGUCCUCACUAUGGCGACAGGCGAGCGUCAUCAACCAAUAGCAGUGGGUAGAGCUCUCGGCACCAAAUGGAGAUUUGGAUUCCAGUUCCCCAGCAACAGCCCAGUGGGGAGAAGCCAGCUCCAGCCCAGCAGAAGGCAGGGUGCACAGGUGGCUCAAGUCUAGGAAGGCUGUCCAUCCUUCUCUCCUCCAUCCUAGCCCUCAGCAUUGUUAGAGUUAUUUUGCAUUAUUUUUAACCAUACACAUUUGGGUUUAUGGUUUUUGUUUUUGUUUUUUAUUUUGUCUGGGCAGAGAUGUUUGGGAAACAUCAGUUGCACAGAGUCUUGGGGGUACUAGGUGUUGCUUUUCACUGAGGUGCUACAACCAGUGGUCCUACCAGGGCUGCUACUGAGCCUCCUGGACAUAAUCUGAUUCCAUCUGUUGCCAGCAAGACCUGGCUGGAGAGUGGACACUAACAGCCCUACCUGGAGUCCAGUUGGUAUGAUACCAGCUCCAGAAGGGAAGGGAGUGGAACAGGCAGUGAGCUGGGGGUCGACUGGGGACAGUUGUAUGUGCUGGGUAGGAGUGGAAGGCGGUAUGUUUACUAAAUGCUGCCCUGCCAUCCUCCCAGGUAGUCAAAGGGAACUACAUCCUGCCCCUCCCUCAUUUCCAUGGAAACGUGGCAGCAAGGGCAAGGGG